GAGGGGAAAAACUGCCUGUGAGAUAACGUGGGAGUGAGGGGCAGAGAUUCGGUAAAGGAACUGAGCUUUUGAAUGACAUGCAGUCAUAUUUUAUUUGUGCACCAAAGCGGAGGAAACAAAUCCUUUAGGAAAAAGAUUUUUGCGCAAACUGCUCCUCCUUCCCAAGCCUACCCGAUUGUGGUCCGACUCAAACUUAAGACUGCAAAGCAGAGGCUGAGAAAAAUAGGAGCGAGUCACUUCACUUCUGCGCCACCAAAGUCUCUUUCACACAACUAUUUAUAUUCAUUUGGACGUUACUUCGUAUCAAACAAAAAAAUCGGCUCUACAUUUUGAAGAGAUCGGGGAGCCACGCAUGACCACCGACCCUUGAAAAAUUGUAUUUUCUAUCUCAACGAUAGACCGACGGUUGGAUGUCAAAUGGUCCAUAAUAACUUGCAAAAUACGCACUCACUUUUGGACAGACACAUGGAUUCGCUCGAAAACCCUGGACUACAAUCACAUGGAAAAGGAGCACGGAGAAAAGGCAGAUUCAAAGGAUCAGACGGCAGCACCUCUUCAGAUACAACAACCAACAGCUUUGUGCGACAGGGUUCGGCGGACUCCUACACCAGCCGUCCAUCAGACUCCGAUGUUUCCCUGGAGGAGGAUAAGGAGGCAGUGCGACGAGAGGCAGAGCGGCAGGCUCAGACACAGCUCGACAAGGCCAAGACUAAACCAGUUGCAUUUGCUGUCCGCACAAAUGUCAACUACUGCGCCACCAAUGAUGAUGGCGUCCCCGUGCCGGGCAUGGCCAUCUCCUUUGAGGCUAAAGACUUCCUCCACGUCAAAGAGAAAUUUAAUAAUGACUGGUGGAUAGGUCGUCUGGUGAAGGAAGGCUGUGAAAUCGGUUUCAUCCCCAGUCCUGUGAAGAUCGAGAACACUCGGGUACAACACGAGCAGAGAGCCAAACAGGGCAAGUUCCACUCCAGUAAAUCGGGUGCAAACUCCUCUACCAGUUUAGGUGAAGUGGUUCCUAACUCGCGGAAAUCCACCCCCCCUUCCUCUGCCGUUGACAUAGACGCCACAGGCUUAGACCCCGAGGACAAUGAGCUUCCAGUCCACCUUGGCUCCCCUAAAGUCAGUCAGCCAAACACUGUCAUGUCACCCACCCUAGCCAAAGACAAACGAAUGCCCUUCUUUAAGAAGACGGAACACAUUCCUCCAUACGACGUUGUGCCUUCCAUGCGACCUGUGGUCCUGGUUGGACCGUCACUGAAGGGCUACGAGGUGACAGAUAUGAUGCAAAAAGCACUGUUUGACUUUUUGAAACACAGAUUUGAGGGAAGAAUAUCAAUCACUCGAGUCACUGCAGACAUCUCUCUUGCCAAACGCUCCGUCCUCAACAACCCUAGUAAACACGCCAUCAUCGAGCGGUCCAACACACGCUCCAACCUUGUAGCUGAAGUGCAGAGUGAGAUAGAGCGUAUCUUUGAACUGGCCCGGACCUUACAGCUAGUGGUUCUGGACGCAGACACCAUCAACCACCCGGCCCAACUGGGCAAGACAUCCCUGGCUCCUAUCAUCGUCUACGUCAAGAUCUCCUCUCCCAAGGUUCUGCAGAGGCUCAUCAAGUCCAGAGGGAAGUCCCAGGCUAAGCACCUCAAUGUCCAGAUGGUUGCCGCAGACAAACUGGCCCAGUGCCCUGCCGAGAUGUUUGACAUCAUCCUGGAUGAGAACCAGCUGGAGGAUGCGUGUGAGCACAUGGCUGAUUACCUGGAGGCCUACUGGAAGAGCACCCACCCCGCCAGCUGCAACCCCCCCAACCCGCUGCUGGCCAAGCUGGCCACAGACGCCCUGCCCUCCAGCCCCGCUCCCGUCUCCAGCAUGCAGGGCAGCGGUGCAGAGGAGAAAGCAGGGGACAAGGCAGGACAAGGUGGGGAGAGGAAGGGCUCCAGAGAGGACCACCAGCACCACCAUCACCAUCACAGCCAGCAUCAGAGCCAGGAGCAGCCAGAUGUGGAGGGGGAGGAGGAGAGGGAGGAGGAGGAGAGGCCCCUAAGGACAGAUUCUUCCAGGAGACCCCAGCACGUCCACCACCGCUCCUCCUCCCAGCGAACUGAGCAGCACCACAACCACCACCACCAUCAUCGUGGUGGUGGUGGUGGCCGGGGCAAGGGUCUCUCCCGAGGGGAGACACAGGACUCCGAGACCCCCGAGAGCCGGGAGAGCAGAGAAAGCAGAGACUCAGCAUACAUAGAGCCCCUGUCGCAACUCCUACACCAGGAAGAGGAGGAUGAUUUUGGAGAGGAGUAUGACGAGGAGGGGCUUGGAGAGGGGGGGCACCCCCAGCAGCAGCAGGGGCGCUACGAGGCCCAGCCCCAACCCAGGGACCAUCAUCAUCACCACCACCACCAUCACCGCGCUGGUGAGGAGGCGGGCCACAGCACAAUAGGACACCACCGUUCUAAGGAGCGUAACGAGCAGGACCACAACGAGCGCAACAAGCCACGCAGUCACCACCAUCAACGACCGGCCCGCGACCACCACCACCACCAGUACUAUGACCGCGACCGGGACAGGGAGGGGGAGGUUGCCCCCAAAAAGAGGGGUGACACAGAGGACUGGGCCAGAGACCCCUAUAUUCACCAGUGACAGUGGUAGGACUUCCCUCUCUCUGAAACCGUUCUGUUGUCCCAUCUUGCUGCUACACCCGUUUAUGUAUGCUUCCUUUGUAAAGGCCGUUGCAUCCUUAGCAAUGGCAGUAUUUUUAUUAUAUAUAGUAAAUAAAUAUAUAUAUAUGUGUGUGUGUGUGUGUGUAUCGAUACAUAGACAUUUUCGUUUAUGUGUGGAUAUGCAUGGAUCUUCUCAAAUAUGCAUAUUUUAAACCUGUGUUUGAUGAAGCAUGACACAACAGCAGAAUUAUCUUCUGUACUGUACUGCUUUCUGUGACUAGCAUUUAAAAAAUAUUUGUCAGGGUUUUUUUAUUUAUUUUUUGUAUGUUGCCACAUAAAAGAAGAAUUUGUUCAUUCAGACUACUGUUAGCAAUGACUGAGAAGUGGGAAACCAUGUAACUGGGUUAAAUGCUAUAUAUUUGCAAUUGUUUUUGUUUAAUUUAAUUGUUCCUGUUUUCUUGCUUGCGUUUAAAAAAUGUUUUUGCAUUGUUCAUUUUCGGUGUUUGGUCCUCUGAUGUUGAUGCUGCCUCUCCAUUGGGGCACACCUUAGUCUGGCCUUACAAGACAAAAAGAAUAGUGACAUUACAGUACUGUUGUUCAAUUUAUAAAGGGUCCAGAAACAUUUUGUAACAUUGAUACACACUCUGUUCAGCACUUUUAGUACAACAUACUGUAGACUGAAUCACAUUGUUGGUGUCAGGUGUACAACUAUUUUAUAUUUUAGAGUAGAGUUAUUGGGUAAAAUCAAUCCACUUUAUUCCAUGAUGGUAUGUCUUUUUAAGUGAAACCCUUUCUUAUGGACAGUUCCAUGCACUUAGUACAGUCCAAUUAGCUAUAAAUGUGCGUUAUGAGAUACCCCAAAAAUAUUUCCUUGAAUUAUAUUUAUUUUCGAUCUCUAAUUGAAAAUCAAUCACAACCACUGAGUGAAAUCAACUGGAUGCUAAAGGUUAGCCUUUCUGCUAGGCUAUGGUGCUCAAGAACAGUUUUAAUAACCUAGUUAUAACAUAGCUCCAGUCCAGGGCGUUACAUGUGGCUUUCUAAUGCUGAGCCUCAGUGUCGGCAAGCCCCACAUAACGCACUGGACAAGAGCUAGUUAUAAAGUUUGCAUUGAUGAUGAGGUUAGGGUCCUUACUUGAGGAAAUGUGAUUUAGGUGAAUGUCUGAGUUAUAAGAAGUAGAUCCCUAGUGAGGUUUCUUAGUUCAGGCUGCUCUCUGUAAGGAGGUUAGGGGUAUGUGCCCCAAAUGUCACCCUGUUCCCUAUAUAUAUUGCACUACUUUUGACCAGGGCCCAUAGAGAUCUACUCAAAAGUUGUGCACUAUUUAGGGAAUAGGGUACAAUUUGAGAUGCAGCCGAGGUCACAUACUCUGGCCCUCUGUUUACAUUACCACCAACCAGCCAGUCCCCUAGAACAAUUUUCAUUUUUUAGUUGUAUUUUUGCCUAAAAUAUUAUGAUUAUCAAUUUAUAUGCUACUCUAGUAGCACUACACAUUUUUAAGAGUGUACAUAUGUAUGUACAUAUGUAUAAAUACAAAAAAAUAAACUUGGCAACAAAGAAUUGAUGUACAAGAAUA